GUGCUUCAUUCUCACACCCUCGCCUCUGCAACAACCGAAGUUCCAAAUCCAGACAUAUUUAGGGUUUUAUAAUCCUCAUUAACACCAAUGGCAUCUCAUUCUCAUAUCGAUGACGAUGAUGAUUUCGGUGGUGAUUUUCCUGGAGCAAACCCUACGAGGGUCUCAGGCACUAAGAGGGCAUUUGGAGAUCUUGAUGAUGACGAAGAUGAUAUUUUUGGCUCCAAAAAGGCUAACUUAAAAGUAGAAGAAACUGCACCAGGCGUGGCAACAGGGAUGAUUUUAUCCCUUCGUGAAAGUCUUCAAAGCUGUAAGGAUACUCUUGCAACAUCCCAAUCAGAACUUGAAGCUGCAAAGUCAGAAGUUCAGAAGUGGCAUUCUGCAUUUCAGAACGAGUCCUUCAUUCCGUCAGGCACAUCAGUUGAACCUAGAAUCGUCGUCAAUUACCUACAGAACUUAAAAUCUUCUGAGGAAUCAGUGCGAGAGCAGCUGGAGAAAGCAAAGAAAAAGGAAGCUGCAUUUAUAGUAACCAUUGCAAAGCGAGAGCAGGAAAUAGCGGAUUUGAAGUCUGCAGUUCGGGAUUUAAGAUCGCAACUCAAGCCUCUAUCAAUGCAGGCACGGAGAUUAUUACUUGAUCCAGCAAUUCACGAGGAGUUUAUGCGUUUGAAGAAUUUGGUAGAGGAGAAGGAUAAAAAAGUGAAGGAGCUGCAGGAUAAUGUAGCUGCUGUCAACUUCACCCCACAAAGCAAAAUGGGGAAGAUGCUUAUGGCUAAAUGCAGGACCCUGCAGGAAGAAAAUGAGGAGAUUGGAAAUCAAGCCAAGGAAGGAAAGAUACAUGAGUUGUCAAUGAAACUUGCGCUGCAGAAAUCUCAGAACGUAGAACUCCGAAACCAUUUUGAAGGAUUAUGCAAGCACAUGGAGGGACUGACAAAUGAUGUUGAAAAAUCAAAUGAAAUGGUACUAAUCUUGGAAGAGAAGCUUGAAGACAAAGACAGUGAGAUCCAAAGAUUAAGGCAACUGCUGCAGCAAAAGGGGAUGGUAGAGGAGACAACUGAGACAGCUGCUGCUGCUGCUGAUAAGAAAGAUACCGAUGAGGAUGCUACAGUGUCGGUGGAAGCCGAGAAUGAUAACUCGUAGAUUGUUACCACUUCCCUUCCGGUCAAGUCGGUUUUACUGAAAAAUGUCAGUCGGUGUAUGUACGUCAAGUUUUGAGAUACGAAGCUGAACAAGUUUGUAUUUAUGGGUCUCCAUGUAUUUACAUAUGUAACAUAUACUUUGUGGCAUGGAUGAGAAAAGGGUAGCUGUAGUUGUGAUUUCUUUGAUUAUUAGCAUCAUUUAAUCUCAAUUUGUUUCUUAGCAAAUAAGGUGCAUAUGUGCAUGUGGACCAGAUUUGCCUCCAAUAAGGAGUUGUCUUAGGGUCUGCUUACCAGUAUACCUGUAAGAAUCAUCA